ACCACGUGGGGCAGCGCGGGGAGGCGGCGCGGUGACGCCAUAAGCCCGCGACUCCCCAACGGUCGUAACGGCCGCAACGGCCGCUCGUCCCCCGGGCGGGCUCGGCGCCCCCUCCACCCCCCCACCGCGGGCGAUGCGCGCCGGCCCCGCGGGCGGCCGGUGAGGGCCGGGGGCGGCGCGGCCGCCGAUGCGGCGAGGGGGGAGGGCUGAGGCGGCGCGGCGGGCAGGAUGCACCAGAAGCUGCUGCGGAGCGCGCACUACAUCGAGCUGGGCAGCUACCAGUACUGGCCCGUGCUGGUGCCCCGCGGCAUCCGCCUCUACACCUACGAGCAGAUCCCCGUCUUCCUCAAGGACAACCCCUACAUCACGGACGGCUACCGCGCCUACCUGCCCUCCCGCCUCUGCCUCAAGAGCCUCUUCAUCCUGUCCAACGAGACCGUCAACAUCUGGAGCCACCUGCUCGGCUUCGUCCUCUUCUUCACCCUCGGCAUCUACGACCUGACGGCGGUGCUGCCGGCGGCCGGCGCCUCCCGCGAGGACUUCGUCAUCUGCUCCGUCUGCCUCUUCUGCUUCCAGGUCUGUAUGCUUUGCUCAGUAGGAUAUCAUCUUUUUUGUUGUCAUCGCUCAGAGAAAACCAGCCGGCGAUGGAUGGCGUUAGAUUAUGCAGGAAUUUCCAUCGGUAUCCUGGGCUGCUAUGUGUCAGGCGUGUUUUAUGCAUUUUAUUGUAACAACUACUGGCGUCAGGUAUAUUUAAUCACUGUGCUGGCAAUGAUCUUGGCAGUAUUUUUUGCUCAGAUUCAUCCCAGUUACCUCACACAACAGUGGCACAGGCUGCGCUCCAUCAUCUUUUGCUCAGUGUCUGGAUAUGGAAUUGUUCCUACAAUCCACUGGGUUUGGCUCAAUGGAGGGAUUGGUGCAUCUAUUGUACAGGAGUUUGCUCCACGUGUGAUUGUGAUGUACUUCAUCGCUAUGGUAGCUUUUCUCUUCUAUAUUUCCAAAGUCCCAGAACGAUACUUCCCAGGACAAUUGAACUACCUCGGAUCUAGUCACCAAGUAUGGCAUAUCCUUGCAGUAGUGAUGUUGUAUUGGUGGCAUCAAUCUACAGUUUAUAUCAUGCAAUAUAGACACAGCAAGCCCUGUCCUGAGUAUAGCAUGGACUUGUGAGUGAAGAGGCGUCUUACAGCAAUGAAAUUUCUGAUUAUGAGGGUCUGGACCUUACCUAGAGGCUGAGCUAUGGAGUUAUGCACUGAGGCGGUUCCUCCAGCAUCUCGACUGUUUCCCCACUUGCUGGGAUGCACAUUAUCAGGAGUUUUGAAGCAAACAACAGUGCCCAGAUCUUAGAUUAAUUUCCUUCUGAAUCACUUCCUGUUCUGCAGUGAAAUUCAAAACAGGUCUUCCCAGACUGGGUGAUGGAAAGGUGGGCCAUAUAAGAAAGUAUAUGGAUCACUGUAUUCCUUUCCUGAUGAUAAACAUGGACAACAGAUGUAAGUACUCUUAAUAAGCUAACAGACCCUGAUACUGGUUCAGUGAUUUGCAGGUUUUGGUUCAAGUGCAAAAUGAAGGAACAAGCUCCUAACUGCAUUCUUUUAGAACUGUGAUAAAUGGUUGGACCUCGUCUUGGAUCUAAAUCACAUCAGUACAGUGUGCUGUAUCUUUCAGAGUCAUUGUCUGAGUGAUGUGGUUAUGCUUAAACAUCAGUACAGUCAUGUAUAAAAUGGAAUUCAGUACAGUCUUUUACGUUUAUAGAAAAGCUUUUUGGCUUGCUUUUGGAAGAGGACAGCAGAUAUCAUCCACUGUAGCUUCCUUCAUUACAAAUCUUCAAAGUAGCUCCCGCAGCUAUGGACUGUGCCAUUACUUCAACAACUUGUUCAAACACACAGAUCUCUUCUGUGCUUGUAAAAAUACUGUUCUGAAAUAUUCUGAGGGUAACAGCAGUGUUCAAGUUCUGUGCACUCUUGUAGUCUGACAGUUGCAAAGUUGUUUUUUUUUUUUCUUUUUUUUUUUCUUUUUUUUUUUUUUUUUUUUUUUUUUUUUAAGUUCCGUGGGUUUUUCUACUUCCUUUUACAGGUAUAAAUUAAACAUCGUAUUUGAGUUAGUGAUACUGCUGUGGAUUCCAAUCACUGAACUUGGCCUUUUAAUAUAUCAUGUAUUAUGCUGUACUUUCAGCACUUUCUUACUGAAAAAAAGACUUACUGCCAUAAGUUUUCCCCACAGUAAAAAUAAUUGCCUUGGGUUUUAAAAACUGUCAUUAAACCAUGCCUUGUAAUAUGAACACUAAGGAGACUUGAAACAUGCAUAGCUGUAACUCAUCAUACUUUAGCUCGGUAGAUGCCAGUUUUCCCAGCUGGAUUGGAAUUCUUCAGAUUUUGGGGUUAGCAACAAUUUUUAAGCGGCUUCUGUACAACAGUUGGCUGUGUUCACAGUUCAGUUGAGCAGUGGUAGCAAAUGCUGCUGCAUGGUAUGAUCAAGUGUUAGUCAGCAUUAGUCAACGUUUUCCUCUGCAUGCGUCAAGAUGUUAUUAAUCCAAAACAGUUAUAAUCUGGAACCAUAACAGUUGAAAGAUACGAUUGCAUCAGCACCAAUAGUGUCAGAAAGCAGGUGAACCUGUAACUGUUUCUGCUAUGGCUAGAGGCAGAAACAUUCUGUUCCGGGAUUAUCACAGGUGGUACAGGUGACCUCACGAGAAACCCAUAUGGUAUGUAGAAAUAUCUUCAUUCUGAUUGUGUGAUAAUCUGACAACAGUCAGCCUGAAACAUACUGAUAGUAGCCUUUUGCAAUUUUAAACAAGUUGUCUUAACCACAGAAGGACCAGGAAGAGAUGAUAUUGCCUAGCAUUGGGCUCGGAAAACCUUAAGCAACAAUACUAAAAGCUGCAUAACACACAAGAAAAUCCAUCAGCCUUGCCUAUCCUCUGCUGUUGCCUUUGUCCUCUCAGAGGAUGUCCUCCCUGAAUGGGUUUUAGCUUACCAGUAGUGAUAGUAUAGCACAUUUCUCCCUUCAGGUCUGGUGAGCCCUGCUAGUGCAGGAGGACCAUCACAGCAUCACUCAGAGGGAAGGGACCUCAGUGGGCCAUUAGUCCAGCCUCCUGCUCAGCUGGGCCAGCACCAAGUUCAGAGCUGGUUGUUCAGGGCUCUCUUCCUUUAGACCUUGGAAAACUUCCAAGGAAGAUGACUUCGCAGCUUCUUCGGGGCCCAGUUCCGAUGUUCGUCUGGCCUCGUGGUAAAACGCCCUUCUCCCUGCGUGUAGUCAGUACUGCCCCUGCUUCAGCUUGCACCCUCGCACCGUCUUUCAUCCUCUGGCCGUGCCUCUCCCUGCACAGCAGGCUGCUGCUAGGUCCCCCAAAGCCACCACCUCCUCUCCUGGCUGCAUAGGCCCAGCUGCCUCAGCCUUUUCUUGUAGGGGCUGUGCUCUAGCCCCCUGGCCCUCUUGGCAGCCCUAUGACCAAGGAGAUGCUGUCAAGGGAAUAGUGAUACCAACUUCACUGCAAAGCUUUUGAACAUUCAUCUGAGAUGGAAAGUGCAGGGUGCGAACUCCUGUACUGGUAUGCUGGCGUUUGUUAUGAGAGGAUAAUGUUAACUGUAGAUGAAGUUCAUCAACACAGUGUUUUUCUCAACUCCAAAAACACUUAAUGGCAAGAACUGACUUGGCAUUUAGAAUUUAAUACCCACACCUUUGAGCUUUUUCAUGUGAACACUGAACUAUUCUUUUUUUUUUUUUUUUUUUUUUAACUUGACAGCCAAGCAAGUUUCAAGUGCACUAAUGACUACUACUGAAGCCUAACAAGGAACCUGCAAGUAAAAAAGCCUAUUUCCAGUGUUAUGUAAAUGAUAUUUGAACAGUGUGUGAUUGUCUUGAGAGCAUAUUGAUUUUGUAGUUUGCUAGAUUUUUUUAUGUAAACUCUUAACUACUGUAGCAGUUUUCACUGGAUAAGGAAACUGAUUGACUGCUAAGUUGUACAUUUUUAUUACCCUGAUAAAAUUUAUCAAGCUGCAUGACACUGAUUUAUGUAAAUAUUGAACCUGUAAAUAAAUUUUGGUUCAUUGGAUGUGUA